AUGCCGGAUGCCACCCCCAAAGAAGGAGAAGCUGUUACAAGACAAAAGUACGAAGAAGCCAAAGCUGAAUUACAAGCUCUUUUGAGUCGCAAGAAGCAAGUGGACACCAAUCUAAUCAACUUGGAACAUUCGAUCUAUCUCUUUGAAGGAUCUUAUUUGGAGGAUACGCAGCACAAUGGGAAUAUUAUACGGGGUUUUGAUGGUUACCUAACCAAUCGACCGGACAGAAGAAAGCAAAAAUUCACAGAGUUGGAUCGUUUGUUUUCACUGUCCUCAUCCACGUAUCAAAAGGCUUUGGCGCAGAAAGAGUUGGAUCAAGAUUCUAGCCAAGAUGAAUCCGCGUCGCAUAUGCGUAAAGAGAAGAAACGCAAGACAAAACUUGGUAGUGAUGCAACACGUAAAAAGAAACGAUUUGGUUCAGUAACUGAAGAUGAAGUAGAUAUUUGAACACACACACAUUCUCUCACACUCAUACUCACUCUCUCACACACACACGUAAAGUAAUGACCUUUACACCUCUUGUGUUAUCAUUCUCCCUUUCUCUUCACUCUUGUUUCCUUCUCUCUACUUCCUUUUUUACCUUGUCAUCCUAUUUUACUUGCUGUACAUACUUGUUUUUCUUUCAUUCAAUUCUUGUGUGGAAUAAUAAAAUCCAUUGUUUGACUCUCCGCUGUAGUUGAG